AUGGCUCCACAGCUAUUCCCUACUCCAUUUGCGUUCGGCUACCUCGAACCGCUCACCCUCGUCGAGCUGCGCAUGCUCUAUUACUCCUGCACAAUCCGCGCCAAGCCGUCGUGGUGGGAGAAGAUUCACGACCCAGAUAUCGUUGCGAAGUGGCAGGUGGAGAUGGUCGAGCACGACCGUGUCACCCACGAUAAUUUUUGGGGAGGAAGUCGCCGAUUCCGGGACCAGGACCGCAAAGGACACGUCAAAAGGUGGCCGCGAGACCCGUUGACCGAAGCCCAGAUUGAAUACAUCUUCGACGAGCUCGAGUAUGAGGCGGGGGAGCGCGACCCAGACACUGGGAUCUUCACGAGUGGCGUUCGGAGGGCGUGCGAGUCGCAUUCGCUCAUCGACGAUGCGCUCAAAGCGCAACUUGUGGAGUCUGUGGCUGCCUUCGAGCACGUUCCAGACGAUCAGAAGGACUGGCACCCUGGCUCUAACGGCCAGGUGCUUGACCUCGUCCACCCCUCUCUCUACCCUGUCUGCAUUGGCCGCACACACGUUCUCAAGCCCAAUCCCAGCGGGGGCGAUCCCGUGUUCGCACUGCUCGAGAAUCACCACUACCUCAAAGGACGACCCGACCUCGAAGACGAGGAAAGCUACGCGGUGUCGAAUGCCUACCAAUGGCUGCCGACAGACUUCGCCGUUACGGAUGACGGCGAGUCCGUCACCGCUCUCGGCUACAUCAACAACGUGCACCCCUCGCGGCACCGUACGCUCUACCCCGCCAUCACGUCGAUCAUCGCGCGCUUCAUCCCUAUGUUCGAGCGCGUGCUCUCCGACCUUGCGUCGCCCUCUAUAAUACAGAACGCGAUAACGAAUUACGAUGACUGGUACGCCGACCUCGAGGUCUCCGAGCCGGAGUACGACUCGGACGCGUCGGACAACGACACCUACGAGGAGCGCCUCGGCGAGUGGGAGCACCUGCACAAGUGGCCGCGCGUUCCUGAACCGCUUCCGUUCGAGCCCCCGUCAACCCACCUGCGCGUCGACUACCCGCUCACAGGGCGCACGGUCCAGGUGAUCGUCAAGCUCGCCAACAUCCACCUCACGCCCGAGAACCCGAGGUACCCCGGUGGGUCGUGGCACGUCGAGGGCAUGGCGAACGAGCGCAUCGUCGCGACCGGGCUCUACUACUACGCGAUGGAGAACAUCAAGGAGAGCCGGCUCGCGUUCCGGCACUGCAUGAGCGACGGCGACAACGGCAGCGGGUACGGGUACGAGGAGAACGACCACCGGGGAUGGAGCGUCGUCUUCGGGUUCGGGAACAACGACGGGCUGAACCAGCUGCUCGGGCACGUCGUCGCCGCGGAGGACAAGUGCGUCGCGUUCCCGAACGUCUACCAGCACCACGUCGAGCCAUUCGAGCUCGCGGACAAGGCGCGGGCUGGGCACCGCAAGAUACUCGCGUUGUUCCUCGUCGACCCGAACGUCCACAUUUUGUCGACGUCGGACGUGCCGCCCCAGCAGCGCGAUUGGGCGAUGAACGAGGCGGAGAAGGCACCGGGCCUGCAAAGCUUGCCGCGGGAGCUGUUCGACAUGGUCGUUGGCUUCGCGGAGGACGGGUUGAUGUCGCGGGAGGAGGCGGAGGGGCAUCGGGAGAAGCUGAUGAAGGAGCGGUCCGUGUUCGUCAAGAACCACAACGAGGAGACGUUUGAGCAGACGUUCAAUAUGUGCGAGCAUUGA